AGUUUACAGGCUAUCGCACAAAUAAGCAGAAGAUAAGGAUAAUGAAUUAUCGAAGAAAGGAGAAAACAGAGGACGCGUUGCCUUUACCAAUUGGGGCUAAGCAGGAGAAGUUCAAGCCAAAAGUACAGUUCAAGACCAAUAUGACCAUCAACCUCGACAGCGUUUUAGAAAGCGUUAAGAAGAUCCAAUGGAAGUUGAUUGUAUACUUUGUUAUACUAUGGAUAAUGGUGGUACACUUUUUCGAACGUACCGUGCCUAAAAAUGUAUUUAAAAGAUGUGAAUGGAAUAAUUGGGAAGGUUGGAAUGAAAAAUCUAAAUCAGCAGUUCCUCAUAGAGUUGCUUUGAUAGCAGACCCUCAAAUAGUAGAUGAACACACUUAUGAAGACAGGCCCCUGAUAGUCACUUAUUUCAUUAAGAAGAUAAGUGAUAACUAUUUGUACAGAAAUCAUAUAUACUUGAAUCAUUACCUCGACCCGGACAGUAUGAUAUUCUUGGGAGAUUUGUUUGAUGGAGGAAGAGAGUGGGAUGAUAGUAUAUGGAUGAAGGAAUUCAAGAGGUUCAAUAAAAUAUUUCCCAAGAAAGUUAAUAGAAAUUGCAUCCAGUCACUUCCUGGAAAUCACGAUAUUGGUUUUCAAAAGGUUGAUUAUGAAGUAUCGAAAAGAUUUAAUGCGUUCUUCGGUGAACCUAAUGAUUUCUAUGAACUAGGAAAUCAUUCUAUAGUACUUUUGGAUUCUAUAUCUUUGUCUUAUGCCAAUCCUAAGAUUCAAAGAGAACCGAUGGAGUUUUUAAAUACUUUAAAUGAUAAACUCAAUCCACAAUUCCCAAGAAUCUUAUUGACACAUGUUCCACUUUAUAGAUUCAAUGAUAAACAAUUAUGUGGCCCCUUAAGAGAAUCACACAAGAAAUUUCCUGUCAGAAAGGGCCAUCAGUAUCAAACUGUCAUCGAUUAUGAGAUUUCUCAACAGGUUCUUAAAACAGUUCGCCCUGAAAUUGUUUUCAGUGGUGAUGAUCAUGACUACUGCGAUAUUCAACAUUCAUAUUAUGAAAACGGUAAAGAAAGUCUUUCGAGGGAAAUAACCGUGAAAACCGCCUCUAUGACAAAUGGAAUUAAGUAUCCAGCCAUCCAAUUAUUAUCGUUGAAUAAUCCAUAUGAUCCAAAACCGAAAAAGAAGACUGUUGAUGAGGACGAUUUGGAUCAUGAAGAAAGAGUAAAACAUACGUUCUCCACGCAUAUGUGUUACCUACCAAGUCCAUAUGCUGCUUUGAACUCUUACAUAUUUACCCUCAUUCUAAGCAUUGGUUUCUUAUUUAUAUACUUUGUCUGUCCCAGGACCUUAUUGACGCUUAUAAAAUUCAAAAAUUCCAUCCUUCAAAAAGAUACUGUAUUACCACUGUUUGACCUGGGCAAGUGGAAACCAGUCAAGUCCAAUGAUCAAAUACUUUUCCUUGAAGCAGAAAGAAAUAUUAAUGGGUUUUUAAGUCAUACAACUGUUUUAAUACUUUUCAUCUACUUAGUGUUCUCCAUAUAUUAUAGAUUUAUUUGA